AUGUCAUUUCUAUUCGGAAAGAAAAAUAAGCAGCAAGGCGGUGCCCUCCCGCCCGCAACACGGGACAUUGGCUCGUCGCAUGGCCCACCACCAGCAAACUCGCAGAUACCCGCGCCGAAUGGUACGGGCGCACGCGAAGUCGUCGAGAAGCCCAGGAGUGGAUCGGCGACACAGAACUCCACACCCGGUAACAACAGUGUGAACAACAGCCUCAGCUCGCUGAACGCGGGCAACACAGCGAGCCCCGAACCCAAGGCCCUCCGCGACCAAGGAAAUGCAGAUUUCGCGGGUGCGAGGAACACUCGCGGCCCUCCAGAGACGUCCCCAUACCCAUGGAGCACUCGCCGAUUGAACUUCACGACGAGCGGCUCGCCAUUUCCCCGAUAUGGUGCCGCCAUCAAUUCCUCCACCGGCUCUGCUGGCGUCAUAUACAUCAUGGGCGGGCUUGUCGGAGGUGCUACCGUCAAGGGCGAUCUCUGGGUGGCAGAAAUGGGGAACGGAAGCAUGAGUUGCUACCCCAUCUCGACGACUGGCGAUGGACCCGGCCCUAGAGUAGGCCAUGCAAGCCUCCUAGUCGGUAAUGCCUUCAUCGUUUUUGGAGGAGACACGAAGCUGGACGAACAUGACGACCUGGAUGACACACUCUAUUUAUUGAAUACAUCAACUAAACACUGGUCAAGAGCACUACCGCAGGGUCCACGGCCAACAGGUCGAUACGGACACACACUGAAUAUCCUAGGGUCCAAGAUAUACAUUUUCGGGGGUCAGGUUGAAGGCUUCUUUUUUAAUGACCUGGUCGCUUUCGACCUCAACUCGCUACAGUCUUCCUCAAGUAGGUGGGAGGUACUGCUUCCAAAUCAAAAAGAAGGAACCGUGACAUCGCCCGGAGGUCGCUCGCCGCCUGCCCGAACAAAUCACUCCGUCGUCACCUGGAACGAUAAGCUCUUCCUCUUUGGUGGCACGGACGGUGUGACCUGGUUCAACGACGUCUGGACCUACGAUCCCCGCUCAAACAGUUGGAGCGAGCUUGAGUGCAUUGGUUACAUACCAGUUGCCCGUGAAGGCCAUUCCGCGACUCUUGUCAAUGACACCAUGUAUGUCUUUGGUGGUCGGACCCAAGACGGCGUUGACCUUGGAGACCUCGCGGCCUUCCGGAUAUCCUCUCGUCGGUGGUACAUGUUCCAGAACAUGGGUCACUCUCCAUCCCCCCGUUCCGGACACAGCAUGACCGCCUUCGGCAAACAUGUCAUAGUAGUGGCCGGCGAGCCAUCGUCGUCUGUUGCCGACAAGAAUGAACUGAGCCUUGCAUACGUUCUGGAUACUUCUAAGAUAAGAUAUCCGCCAAACGAAGCACCGCCUCCGCAACCGGGUCCAAACGCUCCGAGAAAGCUGAGCGGUGGUGACAGGGGCAACAUACUCCAAGCAAAGGCUGGCUCGCCUCCCACUCGUGGAAGCAUGAUGCCUAGCGCGCAAGAACCCAGACCACAAGAUCUUAUAAUGAAUGGUGCUGGACCAGCUGGAUCUCGACUACCACGCGCGGCAGGCCCGGCGCCUUCAGGACCACCUCCUUUGCAGCAAGCACCGCAACCGCGUGGUCCCCCUUUAACGAGUGGUCCUCGAAGUAAAACACCCACUAAGGGUGAGAGAGGCUAUGGACCGCCAUUGGACACCCGCGGAGCAUCGUUCGAGCGAGAGAACAUCUCUCCUAUCACAAGGGAGAGCCCAGCCGGUCCCGAAGCGCAACAGUCACUGGAUCAGGUGGCUGCCAACGGCGCCAGGAAGAUGUCGGAAGGUGGCCAAAGUCAACCCAAAGAGUCCAUGGACACUUCUCGAUCGGGAAGCCUUGUAUCAAGAAGUACUUCCAAGUCGCAUCGCCCUCAACAUUCACUGGAGAGUAUCGAGCAAGCCGCAUUGAGACGUUCCAACGAGAACCAGCAACCUGCGAUCAGUCGGGAAGCCGAAAGACCAGUGGAUAGUGAAGUUGGUGCGUCGCCUGCGGUGGCCCAACUGAACAACGAAUUGAACCAGCAACUUGAGACGCUGAAGGUCCGGAACGCUUGGUAUGCUUCCGAGCUUGCCCUUGCCCGCAAAGCCGGAUAUAAUCCAGGGACAGCUACCAGUCCUGUAGUUGACGAGCGAUCAGCAGAAGCCUUCGGUGACGAGGAGAAGCCUUUGUUUGAAGCGCUUCUCAAGAUGAAGAACGAACUGGAGAGAGUGCAAAGUUCCAUCAAAUCACAGGGCGAUGACGCCGCUCGUAGGAUCGCUGAGGUCGAAAGGCAACGGGAUGCAGCUAUCAGCGAAGCUAUCUACGCGAAAGCGAAACUAGCUGCACAUGGUGGUGGCAGUCAGGGAGGCACUCCUCAGCCUGACGCUACGCGCAGUACCGCUACCCCUGACAUGGACCGUGUGGCCGAUAUCAACCGUCGCUUGGCCGCGUCACUGGCUGCCCAGAGCGAUCUUGCUAUCAAGCUGGAGAAGCUGACGUACGAGGUCGAGGCUGAACGCAGAGCGAGGAAUAUGGCAGACGACACUGCAGAAGCUGCCCAGAAGCGAGUACAAGAACUUGACUCUUCGCACCAGAAGAACUCUGCUGAACUUGAAGGAUUGCGAGCUGCGUUACACGAAGCAGAGCAGAUAGCGAGGGAAGCCACAGCAAGCGCAGCGGAAGCUGAGGCUGCAUCGAAGCUUCUGUCUGUUGACAAAAACGAGUUGCACAGCAAGUUUACAAGAGCGUUGGAAGAUUCCAGAAAUCACGCAUCCGUUUUGCAAUCACUUAAGGAUGCUUUGUCUGCCUCGUCGGAUAAGUCCGGUCUACUAGAGAAGCAAUUGGAGGACGAACGAUUCCAACGGGAAAGCCUACGACAGAAGCUAGCUCAGCUGCGUGCGGAGCAUGAAAAUCAAACCACCGAAUUGGAAGCGGCAUCACAGAAGCUUCACGAUACAGAAGAGCUUGCAGAGAAAUAUGCCGAAGAAGCACGUCUGCACCGCCAGGCUGUGCUCGACGGUCUCGGCCGGAUUACUAACCGCGACGAAGGCCCUAACGAAGCAAUGGACGAGCGUGUCACUAUUCUUCAACAACAGGUUGAAGCUGCGAACGUCAUGGUGCGCAAGAAUCAGACAGCAGCAGACGCAGCAUCCGAGAAACUGCGACGGGCAGAAGAAAGAAUUGCUGGCCUAGAAGCAUAUCAAGAGCAGUCUAGUAGGGAAGGGCUCAACAUUCGCAAGCAGCUGCAACAAGCAAUGCGAGACAUGCAAGCUGCUGAAGCUGAGAAAUCCGAAUUACAACAGCAACACGAGCGAUUGCGACUAGACAGCAAUGCUUUUGAGGUACAGCUCAAGACGCUAAAGAACCUCCUUGAAGAGAGAGGCGUAAGCGCCGUUGACGCGCGCCGCUCCAGGGUGUUGGACAGCCCGAGCUCCAGGUUCGGAACGCCAGAGCUGAAUCGUGUGCGCGAAUUGGAACAGCAGAUCGACUCCAUGGGCAAGGCGCACGACGAGCUACGAUCCGCAUUUGAGCAGCGCGAGCAUAAUGUAAGCCAGCAAUGGGAAGAGAAGUUGCAGGCACUGCACAACGAUCACCAGGCUGCUGUUAAGUAUCUUCGGGGUACGGAGAAGAUGCUCACCAAGAUGAAGGCGGAGCUCGACCGGUACAAGCAAGAAAAGACCAAACUUGAGGCAGAGCUCGCUCAAACACUGUCGGCUUCGCGAAGCCCAACUAAGGAGCAGUCUGCGGAGUGGGAAGCCGAGCGUGAGGCGCUACGCCAUCAAAUCGCCUCCACAGAAGAUAACAUGAAGUCUUCAGUCGCCAGGCUUGAGUCCCAGCUCUUUACCCUACAGACUGACUUGGCCGCUGCGCAACAAGAAGCUGCAGCUGCGACUAAGAAGAUCAACGAUGCGGAACUUUCUGCCCAACAAUCACGCGCAGAUCUAGAAACUCUGCGUGUCCAGAACGCGGAGUUGGACGAGCGCGCCCGCGAAGCCGAGACUCGCGUGCAGAUGUUCCUGAACCAGUUCGAGACGUCUGUUGACAACUACCGCCGUCAAUCGCAACCUAACGGACAACCCCGCGGACACCGUCCACAUGAUAGUAUCGCUUCGGGCGAAUCGCUGUAUAGUGACGAGGGUACUGCGACUCCUGACGCUGGCAACCGACCCAGCUCAUCGGCCACGCGAAACUCCAUGGCGCUCGACAAUCUUGCUAACGAGCUCGAUGCACUUCGAAACAACUGGGAGACUACCAACAAAGCCUACCGCCUCUCCGACCGCUUUGAUUUCGAGCGCACGCCCACGAGUGAAAAGGGCGAGUUCAGUGAGUUUUCAGAGUGGAGACAACGAAUGGAUGUGGAUGACGAUGAUGAGAGGGAAGGCACCAAGAAGCCAGCUGCAACUGCACUGCACGACCCGCAAGCAACGCCGACUUCACCGUCGGCAGCUGCGCCCAAGGCAGCGUCUCCCACUGGCCCCGGGGGCGCGACCAUGAUAUAA